UCGUUUCGCCCCAGGUGAGCGCCAGGUACAGCAGAGCCCCCCCGAUGGGCGACUGGGCGUCAGUGAGAGCGUCCGCCGCAGUGACACGUGACCUCUCUCUGUAUUUUGGGACGUUCCACACGAGGCGGGACGCAGACACGUUCACAGGCGCGAGCAGAUGUUUCUGCUCCGGGAAAACCACACGAAGAAGAAGAAGAAGAAGAAGCCGCAUUGUUUCCGCAGAAGAAGAAGAGCUCAGAGACGUCGGUUAGUUUAAAAGAUGAAAGAGUGUAAACGUGGUUGAAAUACGUCACUGACUUGGACUCAGAGCGGCGCUGCUGCUGGUCUCACUGGUGCUACUGGUUUUACUGGUGCUAAUGGUGUCACGGUUGUUACUGGUCCUCUGCAGACAUGGCUAAGGAUGUCCCUGGACUCUGACUGCGUGCUGCUGUCAUUGAGGAGCUCCAGGACGUCCUGCGUCCUCCAAAGCGAGGACGAGAAGGAUGACCCCCCUGGAGCGGGAGAGGAGAGUGUCCUGGAGAUGCUGAGCUGCUCCAAGUUCUCCGGGCUGGAGACAUGGCUCUGCAUGCCGUCCUCCUUACUGCUGCCCAGCGGCCCGGACCUCACCCCCACCUCCUCCUCUUCACAUGCAUCCAACCAGCCGACCUCCUCUGCCUCAUCCUCCUCAUCCUCAGCCUCCAACUGCCGUCGCUCCACCUGCAGCGAUCCAGGAGAGACGCUCAGGUCGUGGGACGGCGACUCCUCCCUCCCCCCUCCUGCUCUCCUCCCAGUCUCCUCCACCCCCGCUGGACAGUCCUCCUCCCCCCCCUCCUCCUCCUCCGCCGGGGGGGGCAUCAGGAAGCGUCGGCGCCUUGCUGCCAGUCCCGGAGGACUCCACUGGAACUCUGCAGGUUUGGUGCAACGGGACUGGUCACCUGACCCGUCUCCGGUGUCGGGGGAGAACGCAACAGCAGGACGAGGGGCGAGCCCCCCCCUGGUGCAGGUAGGCGGGGCCACGUGGGGGGCCGACCGGGCUGCCCUGAGACUCCUGAGUCGGCUGGAGAGAGGCAGGAAGAAGGUCCACGGCAUCCAGAGUCUGGGAACCACUGGCAGAUACGACUCCAGGAGGAAGUCGGACAGUAGAAUCUCUCGGUUGGCUCAGAGGUGGAACCAGAGAGCAGCAGGAGAUGAUCUGAUCAGAGACCUGAAGCCCUUGUUUUACAGAGAAGACCAUCAGUCCUCACUCAGCCUUGACAGACGCCUGCCUGUUGUGAUGACCCAGCAGAUGCAGAACCUCCAGUUGACCCAGAACAGGAAGUGCCCCGGUGGCCCCGCCUCCCCGAGCGCAGCCAAGCGCCUCUACAGGAACCUGUCGGAGAAGCUGAGAGGAAGCUCCUCCUCCUUCGAGGAUGCCUACUUCUUCGGGAAGACGGACCGCCUCCGCAAAGCCUCGACCAUGCAGGGCGGCGACUGUCUGUUUGAGGCCGUGGAGCAGCAGGACCUGGACGCCGUGCAGAUCCUCCUCUACCAGUUCUCUGCCGAGGAGCUGGACCUGAACACGCCAAACAACCAGGGCCUGACACCGCUGGACAUCGCCAUCAUGACCAACAACACGCCCAUCGCCAAGCUGCUGCUGAAGGCCGGCGGCAAGGAGAGUCCUCACUUCCAGAGCCCUGCGGGGCGGGAGGCCCACCUCUCCUCGCUGGUGUCGGAGGCGGAGCAGCGGGCGAGCGAGCUGGCCUCCCAGGCCCAGAUGGAGGGCGUCUCCCUGGAGGUGUGUCAGAGGGACAGACAGCUGAGGGCCUGGGAGUGGAGGAGCAAGCUGUACCGACGCAUGGCGGCCGGCCUGCAGCACGCACGUGCCCCGGAGACCCCGUCUAUGGUCCGUCUGAGCAUCAGCAGCAGCACGUCGCUGACGGUCAACUUCCAGGAGCCUUUGAGCCUGAACUCCACUGUGGUGACCAAGUACAGAGUGGAGUGGAGCUGCCUGAAGGAUUUCUCGCUGCUUGCUGGAGAGAUCGUCAUGGAUAAUCUUCAGACCCUUAAGUGCAUCAUCAGCAACCUCACCACGGGCCGCCUGUACUACGUCCGGGUGUCGGCCUACAACAUGAGGGGCUGGGGUCCUCCGUCCUCCGCCCUGCCUCCGUCAGCUGCUCCGUCCAAUUGGAGGGACAGCGAUGGCCGAGAGCCGAGGAGGCGGAGCCACAUCGAGGCCAUGGAGCGCCUGCUGCAGCAGGUCCGCGCCACUCACACACACUACUGCUGCGGAGACACCUCAAAGCUCCAGAACCCGAGCAGGAAGCAGUCGGUCUCCAGAAGUCUGAAGCAUCUCUUCAACUCCUCCAACAAGUUUGUGAAAACCCUGAAGAGGGGCGUGUACCUGGCCGCCGUCUUCCACCACAAGGAGCGCCUGCUGGUGACGGCCGAGGACCAGAUCCCCAUCGUGGAGGUGGACGACUGCUACAGCAGCUCCCUCACGCAGGACUUCCUCUGGUUCACCAAGCUCUCUUGUAUGUGGGAGGACGUCCGCUGGCUGAGACAGAGUAUGUUGGUGUCCAUGUCCUCGUCCUCCACCCUGCAGGCCCGCCACAAGAUGCUCAGCGCCGCCAACCAGCUGCAGAGCCUCCUGGGGACCCACAACCUGGGCCGUGUCCACUACGAGCCCGUCAAGGAUCGCCAUGGCAACGUGCUGCUGGUGACCAUCCGCGAGGUGGAGAGCCAGCACUCGCUGCUCAGUGGGAAGUGGAUGCUGGUGACCAAACUGCAGAGCCAGAGAAAGUCGCUGUCCACGCCUGAGGAGCCCUACGCGCUGGACAUCCUCAUCAUCACCUUACAGGACAUCUUGGCCUACCAGCGGCGCAGCAGCCACCGGCUGGCCCCGGGACUCUACCUGGGCUACCUGAAGCUCAGCAGCUCUGUGGACCAGAUCAGAGUCCUGGUGUCCCAGCGGACCCCCAACAUGCUCUGCCACAGCCGCAUCAGAGAAAAUGCCAACGUGUCCAGGGAGGAGUGGGACUGGAUCCAGUCGCUGUCCGCCGCGGCUGACCAGGGCGAGGAGGCGGAGCCUAGGGCGGAAAGCCACACCCCUUUACUGUACUACGAGCUACAGACGUCAAUCAGGUCUCUGCUGAAACUCCUUAACCUGCCUCUGUCCCAGGCCCGUCUGUUCCGCCUCUACAGCCUGGAGGUGGUGGAACUCGACCACGGCGUUUCCUUUCUGCUGCUGUUGCCGGCGGCUGAAGACGUUUGCUUCGCCCCCAGACAGAUCAACCCCUACACCCCCCUCUCAGGGUUCCCACUCCCGCUGCAGAUGUUCGAGCUUGUGCACUUCUGCAGCUACAAGGAGAAGUUUAUCAGCCUGUACUGCCGCCUGUCCUCCGUCCUGGACCUGGACGCUCUCAUUACCCAGCAGGCAUUGCGAGAAGCCAUCACGGACAGCGAGGUGACCACGGCCAAACAGAGACACCAGCUGGUCCUGGACUACAUCCAGCAGCUGGAUGAGAUGCGCCGUGACCUCCGUUGGAUCACCGAUGCUCUCCAGUCGGCUCGCUACAAGCCGGCUGCCGGCGUGCCCGUCAGCCGGCUGCUGGACGGCAGCGAGGCCGAGAGUCAGAAGAAGACCUCGUCCAGCUCGUCCACCACGGACUUCCUGCCUACACCUUCUCCGUCACCGGAGCUCCGCCAGAGGAUCGCCAUCAGCGACUGUCUAGGGUCCGAUGAGGACGUGUCCUCGGAGGUCUUCCUGCCCACUGACAGCGACUAUGACUCCAGCGAGGCGCUGAGCCCCCGCGAGCUGGACCUGCUGUACUCCCCCCGCCAGGACCUUUCCCAGCAGGCAUUGCACUCUCUGGGCGGCAGCGCCCCAGAUGUUCUCCAGAUCCACGAGCUCCGGUGA